CAGACAUUUGGAGGAGAGGCUUUUGUUCAGCUACACAGAUGAACAACAGGAAGGAGGACAUGGAGAUCGCCUCUCACUAUCGUCAGCUCCUCAGAGAGCUCAAUGAGCAGAGGCAGCAUGGCAUCCUCUGCGACGCCUGUGUCAUUGUGGACGGAAAGAUCUUCAAGGCCCAUAAGAACGUCCUCCUGGGCUCCUCACGCUACUUCAAGACUCUUUACUGCCAGGUUAAAAAAGGGGCAGAACCUCACCACCAGACUACUGUCACUCACCUGGACAUCGUCACAGCAACAGGCUUCAAAGCCAUCCUGGACUUCAUGUACUCAGCGCACCUCGCCCUCACCAGUAAGAACGUGAUCGAGGUCAUGUCAGCCGCCAGCUACCUGCAGAUGACAGACAUUGUCCAGGCCUGCCACAGCUUCAUCAAGGCUGCGCUGGACAUCAGCAUCCGCUCUGAGAUGGCUGACGAACUGGCCGACUUUGAGAUGGGAGCUGUUGCUGCUGCUGGCAUAGGCGGAGGUGGAGGAGGUGGAGGAGGAGUGGGUAUAGCAGGAGCAGGGGGUGUUGCGGGAGCGGGUUUAGGCGGAGGAGGAGGAGGCAUAGUGGGCAUGGCUUCUGAAGCCCUGGCUUCCAUCAUGUCCGGUCGCAGCACCUCCCCUUGGCUGGCGCGCCGCACCAGCCCGGCCAACUCUUCUGGGGACUCGGCCAUCGCCAGCUGCCACGAGGGAGGCAGCACGUAUGGCAAGGAGGACCAAGAACCCCCAAAGAGCCAUGAGAGCCAGGAGGAAGCCUGCCAUGACUCCCAGCCUGCCUGGCCACACGACUACAGGCCUGUCACCGUUAAAGAGGAACAGGUGUCCCCCGCCUCCUCCUCUCAUCCCCGGGACACUCCCAGGGGGGCAGCCCAGAGCCAAGGGGAACAAGGGGCUGGAGGGGCUGCUGGAGCAGGUGGAGAGGGGCCGUGGCAACCCCUAUCAGGGUCAGGGCGGAGAAAGAACAGGAAGAACAAGGACACGGUCAGACACAUUACCCAGCAGGCUGAGAGGAACUGGGACAGAGAGCGGGACAGGGAAAGAGACAGGGACAGUAGGCCUGGAUCUCCUCUGCCCUCCAUGCUGGCUGUGGCUGGAUGGAACUACAACGGACAGGAAAUCCCAGGGGCAGACGUGACCGAACCCAACAGCUCAGACAGCCGCGGCGAACGCCUCGACUUCUUCCUCAAACAGGAAGAGGCUCUUACCACAGAGCCCAGCUAUCUGGGCCCCAACGAAUCGGAGGAGGCCGGGGGCGGAGCCGGGGGCGGAACAAUCUCAUCUGUAGCCAAUCUGAAGGCGGCGCUGAUGAGUAAGAACAGCCUGCUUUCACUGCGGGCUGAGAUGAUGGGAGAUGAUAACCCCUUGCUGUACGAGUACCUGCCCAAAGGAGGACACUCCCUGUCUUUGAAUGACUUCACGGUGAUCCGUAAAAAGUUCAAGUGCCCCUACUGCAGUUUCUCUGCUAUGCACCAGUGCAUCCUAAAGAGGCACAUGCGCUCCCACACUGGUGAGAGGCCCUACCCCUGUGAAAUCUGUGGCAAGAAGUUCACCAGAAGAGAGCACAUGAAGAGGCACACACUGGUCCACAGCAAAGACAAGAAGUAUGUGUGUAAAGUGUGCAGCCGAGUCUUCAUGUCAGCAGCCAGCGUUGGAAUCAAACACGGCUCACGUCGUCACGGCGUCUGCGCUGACUGCUCUGGGCGGGGCAUGGCCGCACUGCUGGACCACAACGGGGAGGUGGGAGGAGACAUCUCACCGGAGGAGGAGCUGUAUCCCGGUGAUCGUUUCCACGACGACCAGGCGGAGUGCGACGGUGAUGGAGAGGGGGAGGAGGAGAUGAUGGUCGAAGGGGACGGGGAGAUGAUGGGAGAAGGGGAGGAGGAAGGAGGGAAGUGGAAAGACUCAGGGAUGACCGCUGAGGCACACGGAGCACUGGACAAUGAGAAGGAGGAGAGCGACUCCUCUGCACAGGAGGGGGAGCAACAGAACGGGAGUGAGAGGGACUUCGCCUGGAUCUCCUAGAAUCUGUCAGGCUCCUGUCAGUGGUUCGUCGACCAAUCUCUGAAGAUCUCUGAAGAUCUCUCCGGGCAGAAUCCUCUGCUCUCUUUACCCAUUCGUCCCACUGUGGGCAGGCCUUCCUUUGAAUGGAAAUGCUGUAGGGUGACGCGCGACAAUGAUCUAACACCAUUACGAGUAAACACACUCAAGUGCACACACAUACACACAGAGACUUACACACACACACUUAGGCUAUUCUCAACCUUGACUGCCAUAGUAGAAGAAGAGUGGUCAAGAGAUGGCUCAAGUGCAAGGCUUUUUCUGCUUACCUCCUUUACUUCUGAUGCAGUGUUUUUGUGUUUCUUUUUCUUGAGGGUUCAGGCCAGAGUCCAGUAGUUUUCUACUCUGUCACAACAGGAAUCAAUGAGGACGCUGCCAAGGACAUGGCCAAUGCCAGACUGCAACUUUGUAUGUUUGCCAUCACAAUCACCAUGGAAACCAAGAAUCACUGACAGUGUAGGGAAAGCCACCUCGGCUGUAAUGUUUCUGUGGGAAAGUGUCUCUCUACGAGUGAAGGGAGAGUCUAAAUCUAUUGCAAAGCUAUGUGUUUCAGAGGACCGGGCAGCCCGAUGGCACAUUGUUGAUGCAGAAUCCUACUGCCACAGACUUGCACUUUAAUGACAACUGACUCCUAUCAAAGCCCUGAACCCGUGGUUUACAUUUUUGAUCUGAUCUUUACUUACCUAAACAACUCGGUGACCGCACCUACCUUUAAGGAUAUACUUUAUGUCCUCUUGACUGUUAACACGAUAUAGAAAUCACUGAAUCUUUGUGCAGAUUGCUGUUUAUAUAGCCUUUGCCUUUCAGUGGGGUCCUUAAUCUUUUCUUCACUUAAGUUUACCACACGGUUUCUAUCAAUCCAUUCCAACAAAUACUGGAGAUGUGACUAAUGUAUAUACGAUUUUUGGAAUUUAAAACAGGAGUGCAGUGUGUGUGAGACAGAGAGAGACGGAGAGAGAUUGAAAGAGACUUUUACAGUGUAUGUAAGAGUUUUAACCCUCUUUAUACACAAAGUGGACAUCAGUUUCUGUUUCCUUGUUUGGAAAAUCAACACAAGCACACAAGGGAUCCACAUGACCUACACUAUUAACUCUUUCUGUCUCUCUCGCUGUCUCUUGUGUUGAUAGGACCUGAGAGCCAUGUCUCUCACACCUAAGGAGGAGCUGCCUUUUUUCAAAAACAGUUGGGUUUUUUUUUUUUUUUUCCUGUUUCUGUCCUGGUCAGUCAUGUAAUGCCAGUUUCUCAAUACAGAAUAUGCAGACUCUUUCCAUGGUUUAACUUUCUUUUGGUGAUAUAUUUUCUCCGGCUUUGUAAGGUUAAAAGAAGAGGAUCAAAAUUGUGCUUGAAAUUCCGAGUUUGAUAUUCGUAGAGAGUGUAUUAUUAAUUUGUUUUGUUUAACAGCUAUUUAUUGAAAACUGUUGUGGAUUCCUAAUUUUUGAGAAGUCAUUCCCUCCUCUCUCUCUCUCUGUGUGUUGGGUAGAACAGGAUGGGUGUUUGUAUGCAAGAAUGUUUGAGUGUCCAGUGUCCAAAAAAAAGUCUAUAUUGAUUUCUUAAGAUUAUUUCCAUGUUAUUGACAAUUCAAGUGAGGCAGAUGACAUGUCUUAUUAUUAUGAUUAUCAGAACUAUGAUUACUGUUGUUGAUGUUACUAUUAUUAAUUAUUAUUAAGUGCUGGAUGCUAAGCUUUAUUGUGUGUUCUUUUUUUGAUAUUUUAUAUCUUGUAUAAGAAAAAAAGCUUUUAUACUUUGCCUUGUUGUGGACAGCAAGCCAUGGGGCUUUUAUCAACCUUUUAUUGUGCCAGUUUACGCUUUUUCUGUCGUAUUUGCUUUUUUUACCAAGGGGAAAAACAACUUCACUGUCAAACUUCUCUGUUAGAUAUUGAUUGAAACAUAUAUUCAGCACACGCUUUUGCAUCACUAAUGUACACUAAUUGAUUAAUAUCGAACCAAAAACAAUCUAGUACCUUGUAUACAUGAAGUGCUUUUGUUUCACAGUCUGUGUGUGCAGGUGCUUUUGGAUUUAUUGUUGUGAUUAACAGUUUUGUUGUUGGGUUGUUUUUAUUUUUGAACCUGUCACUAUUUGUCACAGUUGAAAAAAGUGCAAAUGUUAAGGUAUUAUUGUGAAUAUGAAGGGCUGUGUGAAAGGACAGGCUAGAUUUAGAAGACGGCAUCCUUAAACCAAGCUGAAUUUUUUUUUCUUUUUUCUAAUUUCUAGUGUCUCCGCCUCGCAUGACACACAAUCAAGAAGAAAUGCAGCAUGCAGACAAAAUGCUCGUCUCAGACAGCAGAGUGUAGAGUCUACAUGCUGUAUUCCUAUCUGCCAGUAUUUUACUGGCUUGACUCAAGCUAAUUUACCUAAAGGGAAAGUGAGCACUGCAGCAGUAACUCUGGGAAACAUUUUGUUGCCAGUGCAGGUUGCACACAUCAGGCCUCUCUGCUACAGGUGCCAUGGACUGGACUUCCCAUUAACCCCCACUGAGAAAGUCUCAUUACAAUGCGAUUUGCGAUGCUUUCUUCAUGUCUGGCAACUGUCUUUAUCUUAUUUGUAUUAUUUAUUGUGUUUUUGUUUGACCCAUUAAUCAAAUAGUUGUAAUUUUUGGGGUGAAAAAAAAAGACAAAAGACAAUGGGGUUAAGAUUUUUAUGAAUGUCAAAGGUGGGUGUGGAAGGAGCCCAUGAUCGGUGACAAAUCUCUGUCCUGUGGUGCUGUUGUGGCCACUGAGAGACAUCUGGAUGUAUGUGUGAAUCCCCGGCCCUGCGCUCUUCUCACGACCUGUACUGUAUGUCUUCUUCCUCAUACUGGGUUGUACUUCAGGAAAACGUCUGCCAUCAACCCCUCAAUAUGUGCCUCAAUGACAUUUCACCUGUGUGCUUGUGAGAGUGUUUGUUUCCGAAAGAUGAAUAUGUGUUGUAUGUCGAUGGAUAGAGAUUAAUAAAAAUGCGACUGAUCAGAUUAGAGGUGCAAAAUGUUUUUGAGGAUAAAACUUCAAACGAGACAAAUCAUGAUGGGCGACUAGAUUCUCCUUCCCACCGUGUGUUGAUGACCUUUUGUGCCCUGAUUCUGUGGUCUUAACUGCAUGCCUGUGCUCAUUUUGUCAUACCAAAGCGACGUCUUCGGCAUCUGCACACAACUGUCUCAUUCCACACGAUGCAAAACUGGAACUGUUUGCUCUAUUGCAGAUGAAUAUGGGUAUUCUUAGACGUGUACAAAUUGCAAUCCUCAUUUAGCCUGUAUAGCUUGAUUCACACGUGCAAAUCAUGAAGCCAUAGAUAUGGGUAUAUCUAUAUUAUACUAUAUUUCAAAAUUGGCGCUUUUUACUUUAGAUUUUGUUCUUCUACUAAGAGUGAUGUGUGUAUACCUUCAUAUAUAUGAAUUUAUAUUACUAUUAUAUAUUAUUUAUUUUCUCUCUCAAGUUUCAGAGGGUCUUUAAUUUGUAAAAGGUCGCACUUGAAGCUUGAGGUUUGUUUAUUUUCAUUGGGGAUAUUGUUCAAUAUGAUACUGACUUUAUAUUGAUGAUUAUCAUAAACCUGUGUUUGUAACAAAAUGUGUUAAAUAAUCAAAAAAACCUGUCCUGUUUUUACACCUGUUUUGUUUUGGGCAGAUUUAAGUGCUCUUGUGCAGAUAUUUUUCGGUUGAUAGUACUGAUCACAAAACAUUUUUACAGCCAACCAUGAGCCUCCUGUUUUGAUGUUGGGGCUGGCCCACCGGCCAUCCAAGCCUCUUUCUAACUUCAUGUUUAGUGGAAGAAUUAGCUUGACUAUUAUUUGCAAAAACCAAUCAGUCUCAAUAAAUUUUGAAAUUGCUGCUGUA